AUAUGUUACCUCACCAAAAUCUAGCAGAGGAUAAUCAGAUUAAACCACUUCUUGAAGAAUUCCAUCGAAAAUACGAAUCCUGGUUAGUUCCACAGCAGGCAAAGGCUAGAGAAAAGAUUUUGAGAAUUAUUCAAGAACUAACAACCCAGUUAUUGGAUCCAACUAUA